GGCCUCGCCUUUAUCACCGACGUCAGCAUUGCAAGCGAAGCGGGGAUAUAAGAAGGCUCGCUGUGAAGGUCAACUCAAAACUUUCUGAAACCUCUACGAGCUAACUCAAGAAGGGAAACGAGAAGCCAUAUUUAUUAUUGCCCUUUGGCUGUUAUUUUCUGGAAAUAACCGAUAUACUUUUGGUCGUGAAGAUGGGAGGAAUUGUUCAACUGUCGUUGUUGAUUUUGGGCUGUGCUACUAUUGCCCAAGUGUCUGGAAAACCUACCCCAAUUGAUGUAGUUAAUUAUCUCGCUUCGUAUGGAUACCUUAAACCCCUCGACCCCACGAGUGGGCGAUUACGAAGCAACUACGAACUCCAUCAAGCUGUUAAGAUGUUGCAACGCAUGGGGAACCUUCCUGAGAAUGGAAAGCUAGACGAUCCUGCUUUGCUGAAGCUGAUAGGUACUGAUCGAUGCGGGGUGCCUGAUGUCGGGCCCGCAGACAAGGCCAAGAGAAGGAAAAGACGCUACGUACUUCAUGGAUCAAAAUGGGAAAAAAAGGAUUUGACCUACAAAAUUCUGAACUACAGUCCAGACUUGUCGAGGAAAGAAAUAGAUGAUACCAUCCGCGAUGCAUUUAACGUUUGGGCAGCGGUGACGCCUCUAACCUUCAAGAAGGUGAACAGUGGUAAAGCUGACAUUGAUAUCAAGUUUGCGACAUACGAACACGGUGAUGGUUAUCCAUUUGAUGGUCGUGGUCAGACACUGGCUCACGCUUUUUAUCCACAAGACAACUCUGAAGAUAUUUAUGGUGACGCCCAUUUUGACGAUGACGAACCCUUCACACUCAAAGGCAAACGUGGGAUCGACCUGUUCUGGGUAGCAGUGCACGAGUUUGGGCACAGUUUGGGGCUUGACCACUCAAACCACCUCGAUGCCAUUAUGUAUCCAUUCUACGGAGGCUAUAAAGCAGACUUCAAGCUACACAGCGAUGACGUCAACGGAAUUCAAGCUAUAUAUGGCAAGCCAACAUCGCCCUCUCAAUCUACUCUGGCUCCCACUCCAACAGGYCGUGUCACGCCAACGCCUCACACUCGUACCGAUGCUCCUGGUGUGCCCGACAAGUGCUCAAGCCCUGUGGACGCUUUCGUCACAACUGAAGCCGGUCUAACCUAUGCAUUCAAGGGUGAAUACUUCUGGCCCAUUGCUGAGAGCGGAUCCUGGACGUCAGCACUGAAGAUCGCUGAUUUCUGGCCUCUUGUGGAAGAUAACGUCGAUGCUGCCUUCUUGCGCCGAUCAGACAAAGUUAACUUCAUCUUCAAGGGCGACAAGUUUUGGAUGCUCAAAGAUCGUUCCGCACUCAAGUCAAAACCUCUUCCUAUCACCGACCCUGAGUUGAACCUCCCAGCUGACCUCGCUAAYAUGGACGCCGCAUUCCAAUGGGGCCGAAACAACAAGGUCUACUUCUUCAAGGGAGACAAAUACUGGAGAUACGACCCAGACAGAAAGGAGAUCGAUAUCGGGUAUCCAAAGUUGAUCACUGACGGCUGGAGAMAUAACAUACCUUACAACCUUGAUGCUGCCCUUCAAUGGGAAAACGGAAAAACGUAUUUCUUCAAAGGGUUAGAAUACUUUGCCAUCGAUGACUACACUCUUGAGAUUCCAAAAGUUGAUCCUCCCUACCCUAGGAAGAUUUCUACUUAUUGGAUGGGUUGCUCCCCAGAGGGGGUAAUUGGAGGUAAAAUCUCUCCAGUUGAAAGCUCUGCCUUUACGUUCCUUCCAARCUUGGUUGCAACUGUUUCUACCCUAAUUUUAGCAAAAUUGCUUUAAAUUACCAAAUACAGGAUAAAAAUUAGAUUACGAUUAGUUCAGAUUUUGCAAUUAACGUUUUAAAUUGCUUUUGUAUGUAAAAAUUAGGUUUUUCAACUUUGUUUUGAUAAUAGCUGACACACCUAUGUGCUUCGUUGAUAAUUACAGGAUGCCCCAACUGGGGAUGAUUGAGAAAUUGRAUGGGAAAAUAAUUGUACAAUUGAGGGACAAUUCAAACAUUGCUUACAUAAACUACAUAAACUAAAAGAAAUCACAUAUGUAAUUUUCUCAACUUAAGAGCCUUUAUUAUGAGUGAAAUAGGUAGCAGGUAGUCAGAGAUAAGUUUAUUGUAUAGUAAMUUAUUGCUAUAUUUAUUGGAUUGUACAAAUUUUAGUAUUUUAUUUAUAGUUUGCCUUAUAAGAGUUUUAUCAUUAUACAUCAAUAGUGAAUGAAAGAAAUAUGUAUAUCAGCUUUUGUGAUGGAUUUUAUGGUUGUUGAUGUUCAACUUGACAUAUUUUGAAUAAAUAUUGUUUUAAAACUA